GGACGGAAGGGGCGCCUCACCUCCUAGAAGCUGCGUAACUCCCACAAAGAAGCCACGUACCAGCCACAGCUCCCCUAGAAAGUGGAACACCUGGUUCCAGCAUCCUCAGCACAACCAGCAUGACCUGGAACCCUCUCUCAAGUGGCACGCUGGAAUCCAGGCCUACAAAUGCCA